CUUGAUCGCUCAAACAGCGUCACGCAUUGCAUCACGCAUCAUACACAACAUCAUCAUCCGAUCGCUGCCUGGCCUCUCCCGCGGGUCCACCGCCCUGAAGCUUAAUCAGCCCAUUCGGCUCGUGUGCCUCCCGGCGUCUCUGCUUCUGCUUCUCCUGUUAACUCGUCACAAAUCAUACGAACUGCAUUGGAUCGUCAGCUGCAGCUACCAGCCUUAGCGGUGGAGCUGGCCGGCUUAUCCAGGGCCUCGGAUCAGUUGACGAAAAAACACGGGCUCGGCACUCUGGGCUUCGUCUCCCUUGCAACCCUUGCCCUCAAGCUCUGAACGAAGACUCUUCUACUUUCUCUCUUUCCUUCUUUCUUUUGUCUUUUUCCCUCGAUUCCCCCGUCUUUUGCCUUGGCUAGACGCACAUGAUACACUCGCUUCACCUGAUUACGUUGAAGGGAAACACCAAAAGAAAAGAGACGGAAUUUACCUAUAUCAAAACCAAUACCUUACGCAAAACAAAACACCAGCAUGAGCGACUCAGCCGACGGCCCUCCCCUGUUCCGACCCAUCCCCCGGCGGCCCUUUGUCUUCGACCUCAGGAGCUCCACGCCGCAGAGCAUAACGCCCCCCAAGGACGACGACGACAGCGACGACGAUGAGCAGCGCCUCGCCGACGAGAUCCUCCUCGACCGCUUCCGCCGCGACCUCCUCAAGUCCGGCUUCGUCGGCUCGCGGCCCUCCAACGACUCUCCCCCCGACUCCCCCCGACUCCUCGCCCAAUCAGACUCCGUCGCGGACCUCAAUUCGUCGACGCUGGCGGGGAUAUACGACUGCUCGGAUCAGGAAGACGUCUUCAAUGGCGCCGACGAUGACGAGGACGAGGAGCUGCGCAGCCCCUGGGGGACCGGCGCCGAGUCUCCGGUGAAGCGCCGAGACAGCCUCAGCCGCGGCACGUACGAGCUCAUGCGCGACCGGUCAAGACGGCAGUCAUAUGCCAGCACCGAUGCGAGUCGACUACGGCAGCAGCAGCAGCAACAGCACCAGCAGCAACAGCCCCCUAGUCCUGCGUCCAGGGCGGCGUGGCUGGCUUCGCGCGCCCUGGUGCUGUUUGUGCUUGGGGCCGGAUACGGGGUGCUCGUCACGCAUCUGCACCAGGAGCAGGGUCUUCUUCAGCUGUCCGACGCCGGCACCGGGAUGCCACGAUACAACGGCUCGUACACGGCCAUGUGGGGGUUCGCAUUGGCGGGCGUUGCCAUGGGCGCGCUGCAGCCGUGGGUGGACGGCGAGUGGGACAGGAUAUUUGGUCGCCAACAGGACCAGGAGCCCGAGGCGGACUCUGACGAGUCGCUGCCGGACGACGCCGCCAAGCUGGAGACGGACUGGACGCUAAUAAUGAGGGCAGUUGGCGUGUUUGCCGGCGUCGCCUUUGCCGUGCGCCGCCUCGCGUGGACGUCGAGCACGCAGGUCUCGGUAGCCAUGGCGCUGGUCAACAUCUUUCUCUGGUGGCUGAUUGACCGAACCAUGGCCGCGCUGGUCGUGUCCACGAUUGUCGGCGCCGCGGGGACCCUGUUUCUGCUGAGCGUCAGUCCCGACGUGAUUCGGGCUCCGUCAACCACCUUGGUCACGCAGACGCACAAUGUGUCGUCUGCCGAGCCGUCCGCCGAGCCGGCAGCCACGAUACUAGGCGGAAUUGCGAGCCCGGAGACUGUCGAGGCGGGCAUUUGGAUCCUCAGCGUGCUGUUCUGCACCUGUCUCUGCUUUGGCAACAUUGGCCGACGGUUGGCGAGAGGGAGAACAAGAGGGCGUUGGGACAGGCAAGAUGCGUGCAGUCGAUGA